AAACGACUCCCCACUGCAAAUGCUCAAAGCCACAAGAACAUUGAAAAUGGCAUUGAGAACUCUUUCCGCCAAGAAUGCCCAGAAGCUCGACGAGGAGCUCAUGUCCAGCGGGGCCUUCUCCAUCGAUCAGCUGAUGGAGUUGGCCGGCCUCUCCGUCUCUCAGGCUGUCUUCAAGCUGCAGCCGCUGGAGAAGGGGAAGCGUAUCCUCGUAGCAUGCGGCCCAGGAAACAACGGUGGCGACGGACUCGUAGCAGCCCGCCACCUCUGGCACUACGGCUACGAGCCCACCAUCUACUAUCCCAAGCAGAGCAAGAACGAGCUAUACCAGCGGCUCAAGAAGCAGCUCGAAGACCUCGACGUCCCCUUUACGGACGACUUUGACGCCGCAGUCGGUGCAGCCGACCACAUCGUCGACGCCAUCUUCGGCUUCAGCUUCUCGGGCGAGGUCCGCGAGCCCUUCCCUAAGGUCAUCCAGGCGCUGCGGGACACCAAGGUGCCCGUGCUCGCUGUCGACGCGCCCUCGUCCUGGGAUAUUGAGAACGGCCCCCCGAGCGAUGGCCCGGGCAAGGGCUUCCAGCCCCCGGCUCUGAUUAGUUUGACGGCCCCGAAGCCGCUGGUUAAGCACUUCAAGGGCCGGCACUUUGUUGGUGGACGGUUUAUGAACAAGACUAUUGCGGAGAAGUACAGUCUUGAUGUGCCCAAGUAUGAGGGCCUUGACCAAAUUGCCGAGGUGUCCGUAGAGGGCCAGAAGCUGUAAUGAUUCUCUGAUAUCCUAGUUACGACAGUUUCAUGAAUAACAACAUCUAAUCAACCAGA